UAAUUUUAAUUUUCAAAUUAGGUAGGUACGUUACAAUAUUAUUUAAUGCUUUUAGGUACAAUUGCAAUCUCUUUUAAAUCAUACUUCUAAAAGAAUUCUUCAAAGCCUCCCAAAGCCACUACAAAAUAUAAGCACACUUCAUUGCAAAUGGGGCUUUGACGGUACAUCAGGAUUUACAAUGUAUAAACAAUUAACUGUUGGGGCAUCACAAGACGACACCAUAUUCGUAACUUCACUAGUGCCUUUACGAGUUGUUGACAACAUUACUAAUGAAGUUGUGUGGCAGAAUCCAGCCUGUUCAUCAACAAGAUAUUGUAGACCUAUACGAUUGCAAUAUGUAAAAGAAAGCGUUGAUAUUUCUAAAAACGAAGAGAAAUACAUUUCAGAUCAAAUCAAUAGCCUUGCUAAAUUUGAAUGUGAAUUUGGUACCAUUAAUUUCAUUUUGCAAUUGACUAUGAUUGAUGGAAAAGUAUGCAAUGCUAUAACUGAAUCUUCAUCAAUGGCAUGUUAUGUAUGUGGCGCUAAAAUAUCUCAAAUGAAUGAUUUAGCUUUAAUGCGAACAAAAAUUGAUGAUCAAAGUGCAUACCGUUACGGGUUAUCCACAUUACACGCUUAUAUCAGAUUUUUUGAAUGCUUACUACACAUAAGUUAUCGUAUGGACUUUAAAGUAUGGAAAGCUAGUAAAAAAGACGGAAAAGAUAUACUAUUGAAGCAAAAAAAAUUGAAAAUCCAAAACGAAUUUCGUUCAAGAUUAGGUUUGUUGGUAGAUAUGCCAAAACAAGGUUUUGGAUCCUCAAAUGAUGGUAAUACGGCUAGAAGAUUCUUUAAAAAUUAUAAAAUUUCUGCAGAAAUUACUGGGGUUUCUGAAGAUCUUAUUUAUCACUUUUAUGUUAUUUUACAAUGUUUAUCGUCUGGUGAAAAUAUCAAUAUUGAUAAGUUCGAAGUGUAUUGUUGGGAAACGGCAAAGUUGUAUACUAAUUUAUAUAGUUGGUAUUACAUGCCACCAAGUGUACACAAGAUAUUAAUACAUGGCUCAUCAAUAAUAAAAUCGUUUGUUUUGCCAAUUGGAAUUUUGAGUGAGGAGGCUCAAGAAUCACGCAAUAAAGACAUUAAGAGGUAUAGAGAGUCUUACAGCCGAAAGUCUUCCAGGAUUAAUAUUAAUACUGACAUUUUUCAAAGGCUAUUACUAUCAUCGGAUCCUCUUAUAAGCAGUUUCAGAAAAGUUGAUAAACAUAAUAUUAAAAAACUGCUCCCAGAAGUCGAAGAUUUAUUGCUAGACAUAAAUUAUUGCAGUGAUGGGGAACCAGAAUACAUUUCAGAAUAA